GGAGCCGUGUUCGGUCGCCGCUGCUGCCUUUCGGAAGCAAAAAUACCAAUAAUUUUCAUUCGAAUUUCGUGAAUCCGCGUGAACGUUUCGUGCGUGACAACCGUGCGGGUGUAGUGGACGAGUUUACCUUCUAAGAUAUUGACCGCGCGCGCUUGUGGUCCUGCUCCGACGGAAUGAAAGUGGUCCACGGGGAAAAGUUCUCGAUUAUGUGAUCAUCUGUGAUAGAAGAAGGAGGAAGAUUCCCGUCUUUUUUUGUGUGUGGUGCUUUUGUUGUUCCGUUCCGUUUUUGGGAAUAGCGCUGGUUGGCUUGUUCUGUGCCCAAGUUGGGAAGUGGUGCUCCGGUUCUCGGAAGAAGCCGAUUCUUCAAGUUAAAUUGAGUGAAGAAGCGCUCUCGGAACAAAGCAGAUUCGACGCAGCGGCUUGCCGGCCCGCGGCAGCGAUCUUUCCAAAGUAGGAGGAAGAUUCUGUGCCGUCUUCCCGACGUUCCCCUCCCUCUUUAACUUUGACCACACCACCGCCCUGCAUCCCGGAGAAGGCGGAGGCCUGGCGGCGUCGUCGGCAUGGACUCGGGCCAGUUUACCGUGCAGGCGCAGUACUCGUUCAAGGGGUCCAACAACGACGAGCUUUGCUUCAAGAAGGGCGACAUCAUCACACUGACACAGCGCGAGGAUGGCGGCUGGUGGGAGGGAACGCUCGGCGAAAUGACCGGCUGGUUCCCGAGCAACUACGUCAAGGAGUAUGUUGGACCCCUUCCCCUAUCAGAGACAAUCCGUCCACCGGAGGACAUCCAGGCCUUCCGGUCGGUCGUCUUCCGCGAUUUGCUCGAGAGUGAGCGGGCUCACGUGGCCGAGCUGCGAGGGAUGAUGGAGAACUUCCUGGAGCCGCUGGAGGGUAGUCAAAUUCUCUCGCAGGACGAGUAUACGCAGCUGAUGUGUAACUUUGUCGAGGUGGUCGAAAUGCACGAGGAGUUUCUGCAGAACCUGGAGGAGUCGAACGAUCGCGUCGGGAAGGUGUUCCUCACGAAAGCGCCCACCAUGAAGAAGGUUCACCAGUGCUACUGCGCGGCGCAUCCGCGCGCCGUCGUCAUAGUUGAUAAGUACCGCGAUGAUUUAAAUGCCUUUAUGGAGAAGCAGGGCGCGGCCAAGCCGGGUCUGCUCGUGCUCACCACCGGUCUGUCGAAGCCGUUUCGCCGGUUGGACAAGUAUUCGGCGAUCCUGCAAGAGUUGGAGCGUCACAUGGAGAGUUGUCACGCGGAUCGCGGUGACACCCAGCGAUCGAUAGCCGUGUACAAGGACAUUGCUUCGUCGUGUUCGGCGACGCGUCGUCAGAAGGAGUUGGAGCUGCAGAUCCUGACCGGUCCCAUUCGGGGCUGGCAGGGCCAGGAGUUGACCACGCUCGGGGAGAUCAUCCACAUGGGCAGCGUGGCGGUCGGUCCCGAGCACAAGGAUCGCUACUUUGUGCUGUUUCCCCAGACGCUGCUGAUUCUGAGCGUGAGUCAACGGAUGAGUGCAUUCAAGUACGAAGGCAAGCUUCCGCUCACGGGGAUCAGUGUGAACCGGCUGGAGGACACGGACCAGAUCAAGAACGCGUUCGAAGUGACGGGUACGCUGAUCGAUCGGAUUGUGGCCGUUUGUCAGGGACCGAGCGAAGCAAACAAGUGGGUUGACCUGCUCAGCGCAAAGUUGAUCGCUGAUGGACAGCAACAGCAGCAGCAGCCAGGCAAGGACAUGAAACGGAUCGUGAGCAGCUCAGCGGUCAACAUUCCGCUGCCUCCGCCACAUUGUAAAGAAACGCUCGACCCGCGCGGGUACUGCACGCGUGUCUCCGUAUGUGCAUACAGUCAGAGUCCGGGCCGGACGACGUUUCCGCCCUCGUCCUACCCGCCAACGGCUCCGUACGCCGCGCUGACCUCCUUCUUCCGGCGGCUGCUCCGUUCGGGCGGCAUGUCCCGGUACAUCGUGCAAGCGCUGCUCUAUCCGCAGAUUACGGCACGCAUCGAUACGGGUGCGGUGGUGUUGCGCCGGAAGCACAGGACCACGGUGCGGAUGUACAGGAGGGGGGAAGAGCAGCAGCAACAGCAGCGGAAUCAGCAGCAAUUUGACGGAGACUCGGAUGAGUAUGAGGAGGAGGAGGCAGGGUCGUGUACGUCGUCGUGCUCGGCCGGAUCGAAUGGGAACAAUUUGGAACGGCAGAACGCGGUAGAUUACGGGGACGACGAGGAUCCGUACGAAACGAUUACGUUCUUUACCGAGGGGAGGAAGCAGGAGAGUGGUGAGGUUGCGGCCGCCGCGAGGGAGAGUACGAUUUACGAGAGCUAUGGCGGGCAUCCGGAUGAAGCGGAUGAGGCGUUCUUCUACGUGCCGGGGAAACCGGUCAGUGGCAACGUUGGCAGCGAGGAGAGAAAGAGUGUCGAGAGUCACGGAUCGCACAUAAUCGGGUCGCGAGCGAUUCCUUGUCUAAAGUUGAACGACUGUGAGUCCUUUGGGAGCAACGGCGGGGUGCGGGGUGACGGGGACGCCGUAGGUUCGAUCCAUACGACCACGGCCCGGUUGCACCUCGGGGAGAUCCGGCAGCAGUGUUCCGAGCAGUCUCAAGUAUCUAGCUUUGAGCAUAGAGUAGGCCACGGCCGUAUGGCGUGUGAAGACUUAGUCAACUUAGAUGAUUCCAUGAAGAUCAAACAUUCGCUUCAACAGAAACCGAUAAUCGAAGAACGGCACAGCAUGCCGACCCUGUUUGUGGGGAACCGGUUCGCGAGCUCGUCGGUAACCGAGAUUUUUAUUCCGUCGUGGAAGGAUCGCCAGGAUCCGAAUCCGCCUCCGCCGCCGUUCAAGCCCACAGAAGAUCGCUCCAGCUUCACGACGCAUCAUUCCAGCACGCUCGAUAUUCCCGCGCCCGAAGCCCCACUGCUGUCCGUGCCGGACCACGUGACCGCGGAACUGCUGUACAACUUCCACAACAGCCACCACAGUCCGUCGCCUUCCGUCGUGCGUUCGCCCGUUACCUCCUGGUGCAAGAUCCUCACGCCGCCGCAGGAGUUCGGCACCUUGUCCCGCGAGAUGUCACCAUUCCGUAAGCAUUCACUAAAUUCUGAUAAAAAACUUGUGCUAAAUCAAACUCAUCUCAGAAAGGGAAAGGAUGAUGAGGAGGCGCGAUCGGCGACGACUACGACUUCGGCGACAUCGCCGCGAAGGUGCGUGAGCUACCAGUACGUAAACAUGGGCGGCAGCAACGCUGCCAACACUAGCGCAAGUAACGCUUCCGGACAGCCGAACAAGAACAACUCCCCCGAACAAACCCACGCCAAGUGUCGCUUCUGCGAUAGCAGUUGCAGUGCCGGCGGCUCCCGUUGCCACAGUCCGCGCUCGAGCGAUUCAGGUAUGGCCGGCAGUUGUUCGAUAUCCACACCCGAUCCGCCUAAAUUAUCCGGGGAUUUUCUUCUUUAUGAUUCAGAGCACGGAACCGACGCGGCCGGCGGCGGCCAACGCAGCCAAUUACGGCACUCGCGCUCCAGCCACAAUAUCGGCCGGUUCGCGCCGCUGCUCCGCGACGACAGCGAGUUUAACUUUACCGACAGUGGUCAGUACGACCACCACCAGCAUCACGGCGCGUUGGCACAGGCCACCACCACCGGAAGUGGCGAUCCGAACCAGACCCGGAACAAUACUCUGCGAAGCGAGAAUUCCGAGCUGGGCGGGGCGAUGAUGAAGUUUGCGCGAAGUCGCAGCGAGGAGCGCGUCAGUGACGAUGACGAAGUCGUCGAAGAAAAGAAGCAGUACUGUACUGGCCGGAGUAGGAUCGUGGUCAAUCUUACCGGAAGUGGACUGGAAAACGGCGCGAACGAGCACAAGUCGCAGACGACGAUCUACCGCACCGGACUGUAUGCACAUUGGUGGAAGAAGGAAAAGUUGCCCAUCUUUGUGGUCGGAGCGACGACGCGGCAGGGCGCGGCGGAAGAGCGAAGAAACGAGCCUCCUGGGGGUAGUUGUGGUGGUUCCGGUGACCAUUUCGUUGAUGGCGGUGGUGGUGGUGAUGGUCGGGACGCCGUCGUUGACGUCGCACGGGGUUCAGAUGUCCCCGCCCACGUCCGGCGGCAGCACCGGCAACAGCCACCCGUCACGGGGCAGCGGCUCCAUCACACAGCACAUGUCGCAACACAAACGCAGCCAGUCGUUCAACCACCACCUGAGCUACAACCAAGUCCAGCAGCAACAGCAGCAGCAGCACCAGUCCCAAAAACUCCUACUGUCCAAUUUCGCUGCGAGCCGGAUCAGCACCGAGUCGGGAAACCCGCCACCAAGCCUAAAAGGAAUCAAGGAAAAAGCUAAUUGGAACAUCACCAACCUCCGACCGGCACCUCCCCUGCGGCCCGCCCUCCUCAACGGAACCAAUUCGUCCGGCUCGGGAACGGGUUCGACGGGCGGCGGUGGAGGCGCUAGCAUUGUUGGCGGUGGUGGUGGUGG